AUGUCUGAGAAUCAAUAUUCUCCACUAACACAGACUGUUGUUAGAACACUUACUGACAAACUUUAUGAAAAAAGAAAGGCGGCAGCUUUGGAAAUUGAAAAACAAACAAAAGAAUUAAUUAAAUCAAACAAUAUGGCUGAUGUAGAAAAAAUAAUUUCAGUUUUAGAACAAUUAACAACAACACCAAAUGGAAAUAUGAGAAAGGGCGGAUUAAUUGGGUUAGCUGCUACAGCUAUUGCUUUGGGGAGUAAACAUUCAGCUGUUUAUGCAGUUAAAUUGUUAGAGCCUGUUUUUACUUGUUUUUUGGAUCAUGAUUCUCGCGUUAGAUAUUUUGCUUGUGAAUCUUUGUAUAAUAUUGUCAAGGUCUGUCGAGCAUCAGUUUUAGUAAAAUUCGACGAACUCUUUAAUAUUCUUUGGAACUUAUCCUCCGAUCCCGAUCAAAAUGUUCGAAAUGGUUCUGAAUUGUUAGACAGACUUGUAAAGGAAAUUGUUAUUUCAACAAAAUCUUUUGAUUUGCAAAAUUUAAUGGUUGUAAUUAGAGAAAGAAUUUAUUCUGUUGAUUCUUCAAAUAAAAGAUUUAUUAUAUCUUGGCUUUUCUCAAUUUUAACUGUGCCUGAUUUUUCUGUUAGUGAAUAUUUUCCAGAGGUUUUGGAUGGAGUUUUUAAAGCUUUGGAAGAUCCCUCACCUGCUGUACAUGAAAUUACUAUAUCCGUUUUGACAGAAAUGCAAAAUAAAUUGGAUCCAAAACGGAGUGACAAUGUUAAAUUAGAGGGUGUUAUUAAUGUAUUGGUUAUUCAAGCAACUUCUCAAGUACCUAUUGUGCGUGAUAUUGCAAUUCAGUGGCUUAAUCAGAUUAAUAUUUAUUAUGGCGACAAAAUUCUUCCAAGUCUCCCUUCCUUUCUUAUCUCUAUUUUGCCUUAUCUUUUCGACAACAUGUCAAAUGAUUUUGCUGGUUCUCGACCACUUUCUCUUCCAAAUGAUUUAAAUCAAAGAUUAACAUCAUUAGUUAAAACAGAUUCACAAAUUCCUGUAGAGGCUGUUGUUGAAGUACUUUUGGCUCAUUUAAGGCAUGAAAGGACAGAGACGAGAGUAGCAACAUUAAAUUGGAUAAGACAUUUACAUUCUACAAAUCCAACAAAUAUGUUUCGUUACAUGGACAGAUUCUUCCCUGUUUUGCUUGAUUUAUUAUCAGAUCCAACUGAUGAAGUUUUGAUGUUGGAUAUUAUUUUAAUAACUGAUAUUUGUGGACAACCUAAACAACAACAGCAACUUGACAUUCGUUCAUUGAAAUUGGGAGAUGAAUUAAAUCAGGAGUUAAAGACGAUCUCUCCUUAUUUGGUUAAAUUUAAUAUUGCUUUACUAAAAAUGUUUAAAGAUGAUAGAAAAUUGGUUGCUGAUAGAGGAAUUCAAAUUAUCCGACAAGUUUGCCUUCUUUUGGAACCAACAGAUGUUUUUAGAACAAUUUCUCUUUUAUUGAGUUUUUCAAUUAAUUUUGAUUCCUUUUUCCCUCAAAAUUCAACUACACCCCAAUUGAAUUUAGGGGGAAAUAAAGAUUUAUAUAUUGAAUUGGAAUUUAUUGCAAAAAUGGUUCAAAUGUUAAAUCAAAUUUUAAUGACCACAAGUGAACUUUUUCCUUUACGUCAACGUCUUCGUAAUCCAGACCAGAGUGAUUCUACAGAAUUAUUCCAAAAUUUAUAUAAAUGUUGGUGUAAUCAACCAAUAUGCUUAUUAUCUUUAUAUUUACUUUCACAAAAUUAUCAGUCAGCACUUGAAUUAAUUCCUCGUUUAUCUGAUAUUGACAUUACAAUGGAACUUUUGAUAGAAAUCGAUAGAAUUGUUCAAUUAAUUGAAUCACCAAUUCUUGCUUAUGUACGUAUGGAUUUAUUACAUCCAGACUAUCAAAAGCCUUUAACUGCCUUACUUUCUGCUUUGCUUAUGUUACUUCCUCAAAGCGAGGCUUUUUCUAUUUUACACAAAAGAUUACAGGCUGUCCCACACUUGGCUGUGCUUGAGUAAGAAAAUUAUAUUUUUUUGUUCUAAUCUGAAAAGGGAAUCCCUUCUUUUCUGUUCUGAGAAUAUCUUGCGUAGAUUUGAUUUUUUAACAAUAUAAAACAAUAUAAUUUCCCUGCUAAUUUUUCCAGACCCUCUUUAUUUCCUCUCGUUUUUCAAUUUCCCGUUUUCUCUUUACUCAUAUUUUUCCCUAUCUUAUCCUAUCAAAGGAAGGAUGGGGUCUAUGAACUUGGAUAUAAUAUCUGGGCAGCUAUCA